AUGGCUACCCAGUUAGAAGAGUUGGUCAGUUUUUUACAUUCUCCACAGCCGGCUGUCAGGCAAAUCGCUUUAGAUAAUUUGGUCGGUUUCAGCACUGGGCCUACCUCAACGUUAUUCAAAUAUGAUAAUCUUACUCCAGUUAAAGACUUGAAACAACUGGCGCAGGAAAACUCGAGGAUUCUGGUUCAGCAGUCAGUAACAAUUCUGGCAAAUUUGUGUGAUGAUCCACAGAUGAGAAGGGCGAUCAGUGAAGAUACCAAUUUUGUCAAAUACCUGGCGUCUAAAAUUUGUGAUCAAGAAAAUACAUCCGCAGAUAUCAUGUGUAUCUUGCUGAGUAAUUUGGCGAAAGAUGAUUCCAUAACUAAAAUCUUUGAUAUGGUUAGAGAGACGACCCCCGAGAAACGAGAAAAGGAGAAAGGGAUCUUUGCCAGCGAUAAAAUUAUGGACUGUUUGAUGGAUUGUUUUGUAAAGGGUAACGACAGAAAGUUGAACAAAUUUGCAAACUACGACUACUUGGCGUACUUCUUUGCAGACAUUGCGAGAUUUCUAAAGGGUAGGUCCUACUUCAUUGAACAGCAGGAAUACGAUGGAGUUGUGCCAUUGUCGAAGCUGUUAGUAUUCACAGAAAAAUAUGACUCUAAGACCAGAAGAGAGGGUGUUGCCUCGACCAUAAAGAACUCCCUAUUUGACUCUGAGACGCACGACAGACUGUUGAAGGAUGAAAAUAUCAACCUACUGCCUUACAUCCUACUACCAAUAACAUCCGCAAAGGACUCGGAAAUUGAUGAAGAAGACAUGUUCAACCUCCCAGACGAAUUGCAACUACUACCAGAAGCUAAGAGGCGGGAUCCCGUUCCAUCCAUUAUUUGCGUCCAUUUGGAAAGUAUAUUGUUGCUGUGUACAACUCAUGCUGCAAGAGAAUACCUGAGAAGUAAAUCGGUGUACCCACUGGUCAGAGAACUUCAUAAAAACGUUGAAGAUGAAAACAUUGCUGAUUUAUGUUAUAGAGUGGUAAAUAUGUUGAUGAGAGGGGAACCAGAAGCUGAGGCAGUAGAGGAGUUACCAUCAAAAAAAUUUGGAAGAUGGUGA